AUGGCGCGCACGUACCUGGUCACGGACCUGACCAGGUCGAACCUGAACGAGGUGGACCUUGGGUGGGGCAAGCCGGUGUACGGUGGCCCGGCCACGACAACGCUAGCCACGUUCCACAUUCCAAUGAAAGGCGGUGGGAUCAUCGUGCCGAUGUGCCUGCCGUCACGCGCCAUGGAGAGGUUUGCGGUCAAUGUGCGUGCAGGGCUGUCGGGGGCUUCUUCUUCCUGUGGCCAUUCCAGUAGCAAGGACUCGACCGUGCUGUCCAAGUUGUAG